AUGGGAAUUUUUAAGUUCCCCAAAUCCUUCUGUCAAAAGCUGGAACAUGAGAUUGCUAGGUUCUGGUGGGGUCAAAAACAGGAUGAGAUAAAAGUGCAUUGGAUUAGUUGGGCUACUUUGGGGCUUCCAAAGAAUCAGGGAGGCAUGGGAUUUAGAGAUUUUAAUGAUUUCAAUUUGGCCUUGCUAGCCAAACAAUGUUGGGGAUUAAUCAUGGAGCCGAAUUCCCAAUGGGCUCAACUCUUGAAGGCUCGUUAUUUCCCGGAAUGUAGUUUCUUUGAGGCAAAGAAAGGCGGUCGUGCUUCCUGGGCUUGGGCAAGCUUGCUUGAGGGAAGAAAGAUCAUUCUCCAGGGAGCUCGGUGGCAAAUUCUAAAUGGUAGACAAGCAAAGAUUUGGACAGACCGUUGGAUUCCCUCCCUUCAUGAUGGUAAACUCCACCCCCACUUACAAGCCCCAGUUGAUCCUAACACUAGGGUGGAAACUCUAAUUGAUUGGGAUUCCAAAUCUUGGAACUUAACCCCGAUUCAAGAUUCAAUUACUGACGAGGAGAAGCUUGUUGUCCAGCUUAUCCCUAUAGGGAAUGGAAGGGAGGAAGACAGAUUAGUGUGGCCUGGGGAAAAGAACAGCAGAUUCUCCGUGCGAUCCGGGUACCAUUACAUCCAUGCCCUGCAGGUUGAGGUCGCCGCCAGAAAAGCCUCCACCUCAUCACGGAUAGACCCCUUGGUGUGGAAAAAUAUUUGGAAAGCUGAGGUCCCGCCAAAGAUAAAAAACUUCCUAUGGCGUGCGACCCAUGAUAGGUUACCUACAGCGAUGGCUCUCCACAAACGCAAAAUUGCUCGAACCCUAUUAUGUCCUAUAUGCCAAGCUCAUGAGGAAUCUAUUAAGCAUUUGCUCCUCUUUUGCCCGUGGGUCGAAUUGAUUUGGUUUGGAGGCCCUCUUAAUUAUAAAAUUGACAAGCAGGGAAUUACCACCUUUGACCAAUGGUUGCUGAAAUGUACCAUGGAUGGGCUCCAAUCUAAGGAGGAAAAAAAAGGCGCAUAUCUUGCAUUAUUGCUGUUACUUGCUGGAUUAUUUGGAAAUCAAGGAACCGUUUUGUCUUUGAUCGAUGCAAACCACAACCCCUCUUGGCCAUCAAAACCAUUCUUUCCUAAGUGGAGGAGAUGGCUGCGUUGA